AUGGAGCAACGACCUAGAAUAAUCCAUAAGGGUAGCUCGAGAGAGGAGGUUCUUGAGGCUGUACAACAAGAUGGUUUUUCACUUCGACAGGCCUCCAGUGAUUAUCAAAAUGAUUACGAGAUUGUUUUUAAGGCAAUUUCUCAACAACCACUGGCCCUGCAAUACGCAUCCGAGUUGAUGAGAAACCACCGAACGAUUGUAAUGCUUGCAGUGAAGUGUAACAAUGAAGCUUUUCAAUUCGCUAGCCAGGACUUGAGAAACGAUCCUGGAAUUAUUUUGAAUGCAGUGAAAGGGUAUUCAUUAACGUUGAGCCAUGUGUCCGACGAACAACUGUUACGAGAUGAGGAAUUCAUGAUGAGAGUUGUGAAGGAAAAUCCUCUUGCUCUUGCUUGCGUUCCUGAUGCAUUAAGGGAUAAUCCAAAAUUUAUGCAACACGCAAUUACUCGAUAUGAUGCUAGCUUGUUAUAUGCCUCGGACCGAUUGAAACACAACAAAGAUGUUGUUUUACAGGCAGUAACACAUAACCCUUGUAAUCUACGAUAUGCAGCAGACAAUCUGAGGCAAGAUCACCAGGUUGUCCUUACCGCUUUGAAGCAAUACGAAGGAUCACUACUAUAUGCAUCCGAUUCGUUAAAGAAGGAUCGACAAUUUAUGCGCCAAGCUGUUACGGUCAAUGAUUGCUCUCUAAAGUAUGCUGACAAUGAGCUCAAGAGCGAUCCUAACUUUAUUUUGGAAAUGAUCAAGAUUAACUGCAAUUCAUUACAAUUUGCGUGCAAAGAUUUAAUGACAAAUAGAGAGUUUGCGUUGCUGGCAGUCAGAGAGAAUGGGGCAUGCCUUCAACAUGUGGCAGAUUUCCUGAAGAAUGAUAGAGAAGUUGUAGAAGCUGCAGUUCAACAAGACGGUUGUAGCUUGCAAUAUGCCUCCGAAGAAAUGACUGCCAACUAUGAAGUAGUUCUGAAAGCCAUAGCAGAGGAUCCUUGUGCAAUGCAAUUUGCUCACGAAGCCUUAAACAAGAUCGCACUUUUAUUAAGAUGGCUGUAG